AUGUUUGGAGAAACACACUUCAUCCGUUCCAUCACAGUCCUAAAGCUCGCCUAUCCGCUGUAUAAUCAUCUGGCGACUCCUUUAGAGCUCUACUACAAUGUAGGCGAACAAAGCAUCUUCACCCAUCCCCAGGAAAAGCCAUAUCCAGCAGCCGUGGACAUCGAUACUGAAUUCCGCAUUGAACUAUCCCUUCCUGCUGACAUCCCUCCGGGCAGCUCGUGGAAGUUGAUGGCGAACUGGAGGAACGGCGCAACCGUGUUCGAAACCCUCUGUACAGUUCCCACCGCUCAGCCCGGGGAAGACAUCGACGACGGGCCUCGUCCUCUCUCAGUUAAGAUUGUUCUGAAACAGCUCAUACUCGACGGAAAGGCAAAACCUCUACCUUGGGCAUUGACCGAGGUGCUUUAUUGGAAACUUGAACCUCUGACUCCUUCACCACCUCGAGCAAUCUCAUUCUCCACGUGGUCAACGCGCGAUGAGACAUCUAUCCCGACCAGGCUCUAUACAUCUAUCCCGAUCGAGCUCUAUGUCUUUCCGUCCAACUUACCGGAGUUCUUCCAUAAAGGGGGGAUUCCUCUCAAAUUGCUCCGACUGCCUGCUUACUUGCCAAAAUGGAUGAGAGUAUCGUCGUGGGAACAAUAUAAGCCAUAUGGACCACCACAAGCUCCGAGGCAUGAUGUUUCUCGCAAUGUGGACUUGAACUGGGCAAGUUUUGUCGUCAACGCGAUGUUCUCUGAAUCCCGUCUCUGCUACGAGAAUUGGAAUGGAACAUAUCGCUACCUCUCAUUUGGAGCUUCGUCGAUCCGAGACCUCUUUUCCAAGAACCGCGGGUUCGAUUGCUGGUUAGAUCUGUGGCUGUAUGAAAUAAGCGGCUACUUCACAACUCAAGAUAUUUCAGUCAACUGCUACGAUCUUGCCGCUCUGUGCCAGAUCAUUGUUGCGCUAGGUGUUGACACUCAACAACAAGACCUUCGGAUGAAAUACAUGCAACCGUUCGGCUACAUUCGGCCAACCUUUUUGAUCGGCAGAUUCGAAGCCCAGCCAAAUCCAGACAACCCUGGCAGUCUUUGCAACAAUCCGUUCUACGGAGACCCGAACCGGGCCCCAGCGAUGUUAUGCGACCACAAUCUUCUCAACCGGUCACGCUUUGGUAAUCACAUGUUUUUGAGCCUUGGUCAAGUGAUGGCCAUACCCAACGUUCUGGACGCAUGCUGUGGGCCUCAACUCGGUGCUGUUUCUCUGCUCGACUACCCACAGGCUGUCGUAGACACGACAACACCAUUGUGUGCCUUGAACGGAUCUUCACCGGGCACGAUUGCCGACAUCACGGACGGGCCGGGCGUCGGAGCACUGGUCAUUGCUCGCCCCUUUCACUGGCAAGACCAGACAGCACCACAGGCAGACACGGUGUUUGGCGACGUUGCCGCUGCGUUGAACGACAAAGGCAACUGGAGAGAGCCGCUCAUGAUGGUUCCGGCCGAUGCUCGGAGCGUGACGGCAAAAAUGUACUGUCAGAAACUCGUUGAGGUGAAUAGCGAAGGGAAAAUCACCAUGGACACUAUCACGGUUGAGGUGUCUCGGUACACCAAUCCCUAUGCCUUGAUACAAGACUACAACCUCCGCGUAGUCCAUUUUCCAGCAUGGACACAGAGUGCGGUCGGAGGCCACGAGGCUCCAGGUACGGGACUCAGCGUCAGUGGAAGCCUCCGGAUGUUUGCAGACGACAAGAAUUUAUACCUCGCCACCAUUGAGUCGAUCAGCAACAAGAGUCCAGAUACGGCUGCAUUGAAAUUGCAACUCGAAAAGACUCUUGGCAACGCCUUCGCCAAGUUCGACUCCAAGAGGCAGAGAAUCAUGUCGGUCAGUACCCAGCCGGCAGACAUGCCGCAAGCUGUGGGAACCAAGCUCACGGUCAGCUUGCAAGUAUCAAGUACCGGAGAUCGAUAUUGGAAAGGCUACGGCGUGAGACUCGCCCGCAGCAACGUGCUUUUUGUCCGAGCGACCUCAAGAGCUGGUGUGAUAGACUUUGAGUUUCUAGCUCGCACGCCUGGGUACGACACAGCUGUGAUUACCAUCUAUGGCGGCUAUUUCGAGACGGAUGGCAAGACGGUCAAUUUCUGGAUCCGUUGA